AUGGCUUCUUCCGACGCUGAAGCGGCCGUUCAGCCAGCUUCACGAACGACAUCUUCCUUCAUUGAAUUUCCAUUUCAUGACGAUUUGUUUCCUCAGUUGCACCAACAAUUGAACAACAACAACAACAACAACCUCCAACUCCUCCAAAUCAAUAACAACAGCAGCAGCAGCAGCAGCAGCAAGAAUGAGGCUCAUCCACUUCAUAUACAUCAUCAGAAACCCGCCGAGUUGCACGCGCCAUACCUCCAGCGGUACCUGCAUCAUCCACCGGUUUUGGCGCCCUUUGAACAAGACGAUCAUUUCCGCAACAGCCACUUUGAGCAGGACGUAGUCUACUGUGAGCGGCCACAACUCGUUUCUCAAGGACUGCAGCUGUGCUCUUUUUCCAACCCUCAACAACCGAUAUUGGCCGACAUAUUAACGGGCGACAUCCCGGGACAAUUUCAACAGUCGACCAAGUUUGUUCCAGUGGUCUCUUGUCCUUGCCAGAUAGGCGAAAACUAUUAUUAUGAAAGCAAGGACUACUACGACGAGGAAAGCAUCACCGGCAGAAGCCUUAUCGCCCAGCGCCCAACUGAAAUACCCCAUGAGAAUACGAGCACAUACAACGGCAUAAACCUCGUUCCCGACCAGUCAUUUCUCACAAUCACCUCCAAUUGCAUCCCGGAAGACUUGGUCCAGUUGUUCCAAGAGUAUGGAAGCAUCAGCGAGCACAACAACAACAACAGUAUACCUCCAAACGCGGGCCUCGACCGCGCUCCGAGAGACUGCAUGCAAUGCAACGGCUCUUACGACGUGGGCAGCGAGUAUGACCUAAUCCACUCUCAGGGAAGGUUUGAAAGUCGACAAGGCAGCCGCGCAGACGCUUCGGACGCUAUGGCGCCUGAAACCGGAACCAAUGCUGCCUUGUCUUCCUUUCCAAACUAUCUCAAGUUCAAUCCACACUUGGCCAACGCACCUGGACACGAGCAAAUUGUCGGUGAGGAGCCCACUAGUGAAAGCCCACAUGGCGACAUCCACAGUCCCAGGGGCUCAAUGGACUUGACCCACGAUCAAGUCAUUGAGUUGUUUGAAGAAACGUGCAAGGAAAUCGAUGAAUGGAAAUCCAAGAGUCAAACGACGUCGAUGAAAAAGGGCAGCGACAAUGAAGUCAAAAUUGGUGUCACCCGCGCCGAUGAGGAAAGUGAGACGCUCGACGAUGAAGACGACGACGAUGACGACGACGAUGGUCGUAGUGGUCGUGGCAAUGGUGAUGGUAAUGGUAUUGGUGAUAAUGAUAAUGAUAAUGACAAUUAUGAACAAGAUCCUAAUUAUGAAAACAAUUUCUAUGCAAAAGGUGCUGCGGAUUAUGACGAUGACGGCGACGACGAUGAUGGAGAAGGAGGAGAAACUGGCGGUGCAAGGGCUUUGAGAAGCAGCAACAGGCUAAAGUUGAAGACAGAUUUUGACCCCUUGAUUUCCAGCAACUCGCCCUUGGUCCAUCCCGAGCUAGAUGCAGCCUACUUGAUGAACAUCGUCGAUGAGUGGAAAAAGAUGGAGUUGAACCAGCACCAGGGCGAGCGGUCCCUCGAAGACGAAAACAUAAAGGAUCCAAACCUCACCUCCAUGUUAACAGCGUCGGCGUUGAUGAGCUCUGCCAAGAGAUCUUCGUCUGUCAGUUCAUUGAAAUCCGAUACGCAACUGCAUUUGUCGUUUAACCAAACCCCUUCAAACUUAAUCUCCACGUUGAGCUCGCCUUUGGAAAAGUCAAACAACUCGUCGGGCCUUUCGACGCCAGCUAGGAAACGGAAGACGGAUGCGCCUUCGAAGCACUCGGCGGUGCAGCGCAAAAAAGCCAAGAGCGAGUCCACUUCUUUCAACAACAACUUCAACAAGAUCUUUUUCGAAACGACAAACGUCGAGCUCGCGCUGCUUGACAUUGAGUCCACCCCGGACUGGGACUAUUCGGCCACCCUCCCUAUAACAUCGACGAAUGUGCCCGACGCUCGAAACUGCUCGCAGUUGCUGAAGAAAUUGAUUCGUCCGUUAUUUAAUUCCGAGACAUGCCAGGUGAGAAGAACCAUGUACUUGCGUGACAACUUGGCCGAGGUUUUCGUCAAACAUUUCGAAAAGACCUACGACUUGUCGCCAAACUCCAACUUCAAAAAAACUGCGUAUGAGUCGCAGUAUAUAUUGACAAAAUUGGAUAGACUUGGCAAGCCAGAUAACGCAACACGUGCCGGACUUUGCCCCUACUGCGAGUCGAUUGAGUUUUUUGGAUUGAAAAACUCGUCUUAUGGCAACCACUUGGCCUAUAAGCAUGGAAUAUUGACCAACGGCAGGGCCGUGCCCGAUCCAAAGUACCACGGCUUGUACAAGUUCAAAAAGGGCGAGUACGACGAACCGGAAAAGAAGAGACGCAAGACCAAUGCCCACAUUUUGGAGCGCGAGGGUGUCUUGUGCACCAGUUGCUGGCAAAUAUUGGAAGUCAACUGCACCUCAAGGUCUUCAGUUCUAGGUCAUUACCUUCGUCAUUUCAGGGACUCUCACGUUGGAUACAAAAAGGAUAACUCAAGGUAUCAGUAUGAGGACAUGAACCAGUUUGACUACGCGCCGGACACAGAUGAAACGGACGAGAAUGGAACGCCCAUUUCACUGGCUAGAACGGCCGAUGCCAUCAUUCUGGCGUUCAUCAGCAAAUGGAAUCCUUAG